ACUCAAAGUAAACAACAGAAAUUAGACGAGAGGCAGCAAGGAAUCGUUCGUUGGUGCCAGACUGCCUGAUCGAAGCUAAGUUAUCAGAAGAUCCAUGGCCAUGGAGAGGUUCUUCACGGCGCUCGUCUUCCCCGAGGCGCUGCUGGACGGCUACGGCACGUCGGUGCUCAGCGCCGGCGCGGUCAACAGGCUGGUCUCAGGCGGCGGCAGCGCGACGAAGCCGGCGGUGACUAGCAAGGCGGACGCCGAGAAGUUGCAGGGAAAUUCGACAGUGCAAAGGCGCGCUGUGUUCGAGCUCGCGUUCGACGGGCUCAAUUGCUUCGACACCAUUGUCAUGCACUGAACACCACGUCGGUUUGUUGAUUUUGAUUUGUAUAGAACUUGGAUUGGAUCAGUUGAAAUGCUUCACACGUACGUGAGAUUGUGAUGUUUUGUUCAUUCCGUGCAUAAGCUUCAGUAGAAAAGGGAUAUAUGUUACUAUCAGUUUAAGGCUAAUUUGCAUCGAACUAUAUGUA